CUCUCUUCUCCUGUGGUGUGUGCUCCAACAUCUCAACUUCUCAACAUGACGAUGACACUGGCUUACUGGGAUGUUCGCGGGCUUGCUCAGCCCAUGCGUCUGCUGUUGGAGUACACUGGCUCUAAGUAUGAAGAGAAACGGUACUCCUGUGGUGAAGCUCCCACUUUUGACAGGAGCAGCUGGAUUAACGAUAAAGCCAAACUCAAUAUGCACUUUAGUAAUCUUCCAUAUCUUCAGGAUGGAGACAGGCAAAUAGUACAGAGCAAUGCCAUACUGAGAUAUAUCGCCCGCAAGCACAACCUCUGUGGAGAGACUGAAGAUGAGAAGAUCAGAGUGGACAUCAUGGAAAAUCAAUCAAUGGACUUCCGCAAUGGUUUUGUCAUGUUGUGCUAUGGAGAUUAUGACAACAAAAAGAAAGGUUACCUGGAGGCACUGCCAGGAGUUCUAAAGCAGUUCUCAGACUUCUUGGGGGAGAGAAAAUGGUUUGCUGGUGACAAGAUCACAUUUCCGGACUUUGUGAUGUAUGAGCUGUUGGACCAGCACAGAAUGUUUGAGCCCAAAUGUCUGGAUGACUUCAAGAACCUUAAAUGUUUUCUGCACAGAUUUGAGAAACUUGAGAAGAUCUCUGAUUACAUGAAAUCAAGCAGAUUCAUGAAAACUCCUGUAAACAACAAGAUGGCCAAGUGGGGAAACAAGAAGGAGUAAAGACAGAAUCACUUUUUGUGAUGGUACUUUAACAAUGGUGCUCCAAAUGAUGUAAAACCUAAUUAUAUCAAAUUACAUAACUUUUUAAUAUUCUUAAACUCAUGUAAGCUAGUAUGGCACUUUUUUUUUUAUUUGUAUUUCCCAAGUGCACUAAUGUAAAGCACUAAUAUUUCAUAAAUAAACUUUUAUUUGGAUUCUAA